UAAACAGAGGGACAUUUGAAAUCAAACAGGCAGACUUGGUGGAAAGUAAUGUCCGGUCACAUUUAAGAAGGCGAACGUGCACUGGUUUAGUCUUAAUUAUUUUCUUUUAUCAUUGACAUUACACCUCGUACUGAUACUUCGAUAGCGUUGGGAGAAAAAACAAAACAACUAUCGCAACGUUUAUGUUGUUACUUUUGUAUGUAGCUAGCCACGGACGCCAGCUUCAGUCAACUGACCGACACAACUGCUAGCAAGAUUUCGUAGCGUUAGCUGCUCGAACUCCAAUAACUGGAGAUUAGCUCAACCGACGGGGGUUUCUUACCGUCUUCGUGCAAUAAUAUCUAUAGAAUAUGGACUCCGCACGGGAAGUGGCAAAUGGCACAAAACUUCAUAAGCCCGAAAUGAAGUCAAAUGGUGAGGGGCCCAAACGGAUUUCUGUAUCAAAGCAGUCAAACGGGGUCCCGAAGGCUGCAGUCACACCAGUCCAGCGGGUGCUUUGUCCACCGAAUGGUCCUCAACGCAUCCAGCGACCUGUCAGCCAUCAGAAAACAACAUCUAGUGUUUCGGUUGUUAUGAAGAACACAAACCCUCGUGACCAAAAUGUGAACCCUGCCAGUCAAAAGAUAAAUCCUACACCACAGCAAACCACACCUAAAACCGGUUACCAGCAGAACCAGCAAGAGAUGCGUGUUCACAGUGUGAACCCCGAUUCAGCCAAACCACCUUCAGAAUCUGGGAAGCAGGAAAAACCAUCAAACAAACCUACCAAAAGUGAUCAGUCUUCUGCAUCAAAGAAGCGAUGGAGCCUGGAAAACUUUGACAUUGGCCGCCCAUUAGGAAAGGGUAAAUUUGGCAAUGUCUACCUGGCCAGAGAGCGGCAAACGAAGUUCAUCUUAGCCCUGAAAGUGCUCUUCAAGAAGCAGCUGGAGAAGGCCGGGGUGGAGCACCAGCUGAGGAGAGAAGUGGAGAUCCAGUCCCAUCUCAGACAUCCUAACAUCCUGCGCCUCUAUGGUUACUUCCAUGAUGCGUCUCGUGUUUAUCUCAUCCUUGAGUAUGCGCCCAAAGGGGAGUUGUUCGGCGAGCUGCAACGCUGUGGAUGUUUUCCAGAAGACAGAAGUGCCACAUACAUUAUGGAGCUGGCAGAUGCCCUCAACUACUGCCACACAAAGAAGGUCAUCCACAGAGACAUCAAGCCAGAGAAUCUGUUACUGGGAGCCAAUGGGGAGCUAAAGAUUGCAGAUUUUGGCUGGUCUGUUCACACCCCCUCUUCCAGGAGAUCCACUCUGUGCGGCACACUGGACUACCUUCCUCCCGAGAUGAUUGAGGGGAAAACUCAUGAUGAAAAGGUGGACCUGUGGAGUUUGGGAGUCCUAUGCUACGAGUUCCUGGUUGGAAAACCCCCAUUUGAAUCAAAGACUCAUGAUGAGACCUAUCGCAGGAUUUCAAGGGUGGAGUACACCUACCCUGCACAGACUGCCAUCAGCGACGGGGCCAAAGACUUGGUUGCCAGGCUGCUGAAGCACAACCCCAUGCGCAGACUGCCCAUCGAUGGAGUCAUGGCCCACCCCUGGGUGCUGCAGUACUCCACCAAGAAGCCGACCACUCUGAACAAUGAGGAACCCAGCCAGUGAUUUGUCCCGUGAUUCUUCAACAGAACCUUUUGGAGCGUCACUGUGCAGCUGAACUCUUUGAGCAGCUUCUACCAGGAUUACAGAGUCAAGCAGCUGUUCUGUUGUCUCCCACUUCUACCACUUUUUUUGUUUUUCAGGUUUUAUCUGUUGUCCUGUCUACAUGUAAAUAUUUCACAUUAUAUUUUCUUUUUUUUGUUGCGUAAUUAUGAAAAAUGUCUCUAAACUUUCGUGAAAUGCCGAUACGUGAAAUGGCCAAUCUUAUAAGUAAUGUCACUUUGGAAAUAUUAAGUUGUCAGUGAUGGUAUUUUUAUUUUUUAUUUUUUUUUAUUUUUAUUAAAAAUUUUUAUUUUUUUUAUUUUUUUUUUAUUAGG